GACCUGGUUUCAAUUACCUUCACCCGAUUAAUUAAUCCGUGUGAAAUUAUGUCCCGAUCGGCGCAGAUCCAGCCGGCAAGAUGAUGAUUUUACCAAGGAGAGGCUCAGAUCGCGUACCCGACUCGGUGGUCCUGGUGAUCUUGGUGGUCGCCGCUUCUCUUGGUACCGUUUUCGCCAAGGACACUGCCUUUGUGGAAGUGGUUCUGUUCGAGUCCAGUCCCAAUGGAGAUUAUACUACUUACACGACUGGCUUGCAAGGACGGUUCUCCAAAGCAGGAGCCACUAUCAGCGCGGAGGGGGAGAUCGUUCAAAUGCAUCCUUUGGGACUAUGUAAUAAUAACGAUGAGGAGGACCUGUACGAGUACGGCUGGGUCGGAGUGGUGAAGCUGGAGCAACCGGAGCUGGACCCUAGUUGUCUCACCGUGCUGGGAAAGUUCCUGCAGACUGGAGCGGUGACACUCUCCAGCCACUCGGCAGCAGAGUCACAGCACUGUUGGGACAAACUGCAGUUUGACAGUGUGAUCGGACAUCCUCUGGCCCUAUUUCUCCUUUUUCCCAACCUUUUCCUAAUCAUUUCUUUGCGUUUCCUGUGUUUGCAGGCGAAGCGAGCGGUGCAGCGUGGAGCCACAGCCGUCAUCUUCGACGUGUCAGAGAAUCCAGAUGCCAUCGACCAGCUCAACCAGGUGGCCGAGGAUCCUCUGAAGCGGCCGGUGGUUUACGUGAAGGGCAACGAUGCUGUGAAGCUGAUGAACAUCGUCAACAAGCAGAAAGUGGCUCGUGCUCGGAUACAACACAGACCACCAAGGCAGCCCACGGAAUAUUUCGACAUGGGCAUCUUCCUGGCGUUCUUCGUGGUGGUGUCGCUGGUUUGCCUCAUUCUGCUCAUCAAGAUCAAACUCAAGCAACGGAGAAGCCAGAGCUCAAUGAACAGAAUGGCCAUCCAGGCUCUGGAAAAGAUGGAGACGCGCAAGUUCAAGGCCAAAGGAAAGGGCCAGCGCGAGAGCAGCUGUGGAGCCUCUGAUUCACUGAGCAGCAGCUCCACCUCCGACUGCGCCAUCUGUCUGGAGAAGUACAUCGAUGGGGAGGAGCUGCGGGUUAUCCCCUGUGCUCACAGAUUUCAUAAGAAAUGUGUCGAUCCCUGGCUGCUCCAGCACCACACCUGUCCCCACUGCAGACACAACAUUAUCGAGCAAAAGAAAGGAAAUCCAGGAGCAGCCUGCAUGGACCCUGGUAACCCAGUCCACGGCCGGCAACGGGUGGUGCUACCUGUUCAUUAUCCUGGCAGGGUGCACAGAGCUGGCCAGGUGACCGCCUACCCAACCAGAACCAGCAUGGACCCCCAUGGCAACCCCAUCACCGUGCUCACUGUGGACCAGCAUCCAGAUCCUCAAGGUCUCUACCCACCCCAAUCAACAUCUGCCUUUCUCCGGAGCUACCACCCUACCCUUCAUCUGGACCACUCGCUCAACCCCCAUCACUGUGGAUUAGAGCACCGCGGCCCCCCAGCCUACCCAGCACAGCCGCAUCACGCUGCUUUUAAACGACCCAAGUUCCACGGUCGCAACUUUUCCCGCGCAGCCUGCUUCUCGCAGUACGAGACUAUGUACCAGCACUACUAUUUUCAGGGGUUGACUUUCCCUCAACAGCCUGAGGGUGGUCAAGGGCCUGUGGUGGCGGGGCAGCUUGGUGGAGGAGCGGCCCACAAGGGCCACCACAGCAGGGCCUUUCAGCAGGGGCUGUUAUACCCCACAGUGGUACACAUGGCACCUGCCUCGUCUUCGAGGAUAGGUGAUACCGGCAGCACUUCUGGCUUGAGCUGUUACCAUGGCCACCGCUCAGUGUGCAGUGGUUACCUUGCUGACUGCCCUGGUAGUGACAGCAGCAGCAGCAGCUCAGGCCAGUGCCACUGUUCCUCCAGCGACUCAAUGUUGGACUGUACUGAGGUCAGCAACCAGGGGGUGUACGGCAGCUGCUCUACCUUCCGCAGCUCACUGAGCAGUGACUAUGAUCCUUACGUCUACCGGAGUAAGAGUCCGUGUCGGGGCUCUGCAGGGGAAGCGGGGGCUGCAGCUUGCACCUCAGUUCCCGCUGAGGACUCGUCCUCUGCCCCCCUGGGACAUGACUGCCUCCAGCUCCCUCCUGGAGCUUCGGGAUAUAACUCGGGGGACCACCUCUCCAACUGCAGUUUGGAGCCCAACUACAGCAGUCGCUCAUCACUGGAACCCAGGGAGAACAGUAACACUAGCACUACCUCAGCCGGGGCUCCAGAGGCUACCGGAGCAGACAGGGGAAAAGGGGCGCAGGAGGAGUCAGGGGAGCUUGGGGCUGCAGCCUGUAGCUGCUGCUUUGAGGUGCUUCCUCCCAAUGUGGAGUGCAAAGGGCAGGACUCGGACCAAGCUGGGCCUCUGGCCUCGGGACGAUGUCACAGGGGGGUGGAAUUUCAGAGCUCCACCUCCAAGAACUACUUUGCUCCUGAGCACAUGUGCCCUUCUUCAGAGCAGCUGAGCUAUGAGGGGCUGCCUUGCUGCUUCUACAAAGAGAUGAAGGUCCACAGGGCCACAGCAGGGCGCUACACUGAGGACUACGCUGUUAACGUGCAGUAUGCGCACGCAGACUCAGAGGCCUGCAACGGACAGGGCUGCUGUGAACUCAACCAGAGGAUACCCAUAAUUCCUGAGGACACAGAUUGUGAAUUGGGCACAGGGGCAGAUACCCAGAGCAGUUUACUGCCCAUCAGUGUCACAGUGGAGGCAGAGGUGCGGACAGGGGAGCGGCAUGAGCCAAGGGAGGGGUACUUCACCUCAGGACAGUUUAGAGUUCAGCCAUACCCUCAGGAGGAGGAGACCAGGGCUUUGUUCCACCCUCAGCUCUCUGCAGGCCCCACUGCAUUGGGAAGCAGUACAUCAACAAAUGAGGGAGGUCUGGGUAUAUGAGCCAGAGAGAAGGGACUCAGUCUAAAGUAUGUGUUUGGUAGCGCAUCAGUCAGUCAAUCAUUGAAACCCUCAGUUGCCUUGUUCUAACCUUUGCUCUCUGAGCACUGAAUGUUAUCAUCUUAGAUUGUGUGGAUUUCUACUGAAAUGGCCUGUCAUUUCUAGAUAUACAGUGUAUCAAGUUCAUUCCUGUGGCCACAGAACGUCUCAGCACCAAACUACGCUUCCAUAGCAACUGAGAGAAAAGUGAUACUACGAAAUAAGGACUUAGGUUGGUAUUGGCAUCUAUUUGGAAACUGUCUGCUGUCAUCGAGGGUUAGGCCCCUUCAGCGCUAAGUAGUCCGGGCCCAUUUCUGCUGAGAUUUCUUCAGAUUUUGUCAAGAACAAGUUACCUCCAAGUUACAAGUUAGACUCCAUCUUUGGUGCAAGAGCUUGGAAUCUGAGAAAAAAAAGUACACUCUUAAUUCAAACAUCUGCAUCUACAUGUAUACAUCUUGUAUAUGUGCGCACAUGAACACUGACUGCCUAUAAAGCUUCAACCACCAACUCAAAUAGGUUGUAUGGACAUAGCUAUACCAAAACAGAAAGACAUGAUUGUUAUUGUUUUGUUUUGUUUUUUUAAACAUUUUUAAGAGCAGGGAAAUGGGUCUUUCUAAGCGUCUGUGACCCACACAUUUCUCUGAGGAGAAGAUAUAUAUAUAUAUAAAACAGAAAAAAAUGCAUAGAAAUGUGAAUGCAAGGCUGACACUGGUCUCUAUUCAAUAUAAAUACAGAAUUUGUUUGAUGCAUUGCAUUUCUGUCCAGUAGUGGCCUACCUAUCUGUAUGAGAUGAUGUGCCAGAGCAACAUGAAAGCCUUAUGCUGGCUGGUAAGCUGUUUUGUAGCAAUAUCUAAAAAAAAAGACACUGCUCUGCUUUUGGUUGAACUCCAGACCAAAGUGACAGUGUCUCUGGGUAAAACAAAACAAAUUUCUUCAGAAGUAGAGUGUAGUGCUCUACUUGUUUGGAAGCCCUUAAAAGCUGUAUUUUUGCUGUCACUUAAACAAUUUCCUCAAUGAGGCUAAUAAAUAUCUAUUAAAAAAAAAAAGGUUUUAGCAUAUAACAAAAGGCCAAAGGAAAGUAGCUGGAAAAGACUCAUAUUUCAUAAGGGUUCCUUAUUGUACUGUGACUUUUUUUUUUUUUU